AUGGAAUCAGCAGUGUUAGUUCUAAUGGCUUAUGAUCGUUAUGUUGCUGUAUGCAAGCCUCUAAGAUAUUCAUCAAUAGUAACAAACACCUUUAUAAUAAAAGCAAUAUUAUUCUUUACUUUAAGAAGUGUAUUUAUAGUAUUGCCUAUGCCUGUACUUGCCAGGAUGCAGCUAUACUGCAAUGCAAAGGCUAUUUACAGUGUUUACUGUGAGUAUAUUGGUGUGAUCAGUGUAGCAUGCUCCCAGACAGUCAUAAGUGAUAAUUAUCUUUACAUUAUCUUUCUUCUGAUAGGAGUGCCUGAUGCAGCACUGAUUGGAAUUUCAUAUUGUAUGAUUGUUAGAGCAGCACUAAAAUUGGGAACAAGACAAGCUUAUCAGAAGGCAUUUAGCACCUGCAGCUCUCAUAUUUUUGUGAUUGUCUUAUAUUAUCUGUCAGCAGGGCUUUCACUACUGGUAUCUGUUUUUGAAAAAAUUGUUCCUGCAUACAUAAGCAUCAUCUUCACAGUUUUAUGCUUUACUAUACCACCAACAUUAAACCCCAUGAUAUAUGGUAUCAAAACUAAAGAGAUAUGGCGAGCCAUACUUAAGUAUUUAGAAAAAGUUAGACUUACUUUAACAGAAAGUAGCCGUCCAUGA